AUGAACAUAAAACAAUGUGAGUUCGAUCCCAUACCAGAGCCGCCUCCCCCUACACCUUGUCAGCUGCAGAAGUGUCUAGAGAAAGGUCUAGAGUACCAGCCCCCACCAGCUCCAGAACCGCAGACGCCGGCCGACUGCUGUGCCAUUUGCAGGGAGAAGAUAAAGAAUCUGCCAGUGGAAAUAAGGAAACCGGAAUUGCCUGUUGUUUGUGUGGUAGAAAGGCAGCCGACUGGAUCAACCAUUUGUGAUCAAAUUGAAGAACAGACUGCAUCACAUCCCGACUAUUUCUGGCCCAACUGCCCUCCCCCUCCCCACCCCCCUGAUCCGCCCCAACAAGAUCCUUGUGAAGAACAACGCAAACGCCUUUGCAAAGAAGAGUAUGAUAGGAGAAUGAAAAGAUAUUUAGAAUAG